GACCUGCGAUAAUACGAUCCGCGUGAGGGUCUUCACUUUCUUCAGGAAUGGGUCAGUUGCAUUCCCAACGCUGAACCAGGAAGCAGUACGAACGCGGCAAGAUGAGACUAUUUGUAAGCGUGAUCGUCAGUGGAAUGCUGCUCGGGAUUGCUAGCCAGGUGGAAUGUGCCAACAUUCUCGUGCUGAUGAGUGUCGUGUCGCAGAGUCAUUUCAUAUGGAUACGUCCUAUUGUGAACCGGCUGGCAGAGGUAGGUCACAACGUUACCGUUCUUUCGGUGAAUGUGGAUUCAGCCGCUCCGGCCAACGUUACCUACAUUCAUCUGGAGAACAGUUACAACACGCUGUACGGGAAUGGUACACUAGCACGCAACGAUAUACUGGAACGGUCCAACGAGAUGGCAAUGGCUGCCACCGUUUCCUUCUAUAAGUUUGGUUUGCUUGGAUGUGAAGGAGCUAUAACGUCUAAAGGAUUGCAGCAGCUGCUCCAGUAUCCUCCAGACUUUCGGUUCGAUCUCGUCAUCUACGACUUUACCUGUGGUCCGUGCGUUCUUGCCCUGCUGCACAAAUUCCACUAUCCUCCACUGGUGAGCGUUACCGGGUUUGGAGUGCCUCAGUUUACCGAACGGCUCGUUGGUGGCCAUAAAGCCGCCUCGCUUGUGCCACACUUCACGCAGCUAACCGACAGCCCGAUGCCGUUUAGCCAACGUUUCACCAACACCCUGAUCCACCUGUUUGACGCACUCUAUCGGCGGUACGUGUUCCUGCCACGGCUCCAGCAGAUAGCCCAGCAAGCGUUCGAUUUUCCACUGCCCGACCUGACCGAACUGGAGCAAAGAACACUGAUCAUGCUUACCAACUCGAAUCCCGCUCUCGAUCCAGCGGAAAGUAUGCCACCGAACGUUAUCCCCGUCGGGGGGCUACAAAUCGUCGAGCCGAAACCACUUCCGUCAGAGCUGCAAAACUUCAUCGACAACGCACCGCAGGGUGCGGUACUGUUUGCGAUGGGCACUAACUUUAAGAGCAAAAUGUUCACCGCCGAACGACAGGCAAUGUUUCUGGAAGCGUUCGCCCUCCUGCCGGAGUAUCGCUUUCUGUGGAAGUUUGACGACGAUCAGCUGCCGAGAAAGGCGAGCUCGAAUGUGUUGAUUAGGUCGUGGUUGCCACAGAACAAUAUAUUGGCGCAGCCCAAGGUUCGUGCGUUCAUUACACACUGCGGGUUGAUGAGUACGCAGGAAGCAACGUAUCACGGGGUGCCGAUGAUUGGUAUUCCGAUAUACGUCGAUCAGCAUCUUAAUCUGCACCGGACGGUGCAGAUCGGGGCAGGUGUAAAGCUGGACCUAGCGACACUAACGACGGGUAGUAUAGUGGCGGCCCUGAGGGAAGUGCUGCAGAACGCAUCUUACCAACAAGCGAUCGGACGGCGUUCGGCACUUUUUCGUGAUCAGCCGGAGAAGCCGCUGGAGCGUGCGGUGUGGUGGAUCGAGUGGGCACUGCGACAUCCGCGGGAGGAUCGAUUACGAUCGGGGACGGUUAAGAUGAACUACCUUGCAGCGAAUGGGUUCGAUGUGUUCGCAUGUAUUGUGGUGGGAGCUGUCGCUCUUUUAAUGAUAAUCAGAAAAAUAGUUUCCUUCAUGUAUCAAGUGCCUAAUACGCGACCCAAGGAAAAACUGAAGUAGAUUUUGGAACUCAAGAAAGUAUUUUGAUAAUUAUUAAACAAUGUUCCAUCUUUUCGUCCCCUUAAUACCUAAAGAAUUCGAAUUGAGCUAUAUUCAUACGUUAACUCCCAAAUCAAUUUCUACGCCGCGUAUACUGCCAAGAAUGGUUUGCAUAAUUGCAGGAACAUUAACAGGUUCAGUAACAGUUCCAGAAAAGUGAUGAGUACAUUAUCGGUUCCAUGUCCGUUAUAGGUUCGAGAUCGGAUUGAGAAUCUUUAUGGGGCUAUGAACAGGUUUGAAGUAAAUUAAGCAUCAGUUCAUUAACCGGUAUUAGUUCCGGUCCUGUUCAAUUCUAGGACCAGAAUGUGUUUGCGAUCAGUUCCAGAACCGGUAUGGAUUCAGUAUCAGACCAAGGGCUGAUAUGGAUUGAGAUCAAUUUCAGGAUUGUUAUGGGUUUGUGAUCAUUUCCACAACCAAUAGGAGUUCAUGAACUGUUCAAAGACCGAUACGAGUUCAGUAGCAGUUCUCGGAUCAGUAUUGUUUCAUGAUCAAUCCAAGAAGCGGCUCGUGAACGAUUCCAGAAACGGUAUGGAUUCCCGACCAUUUGAAGGAUCGUUGUAGAAUCUUGACCAGUUUCAGGACCCAUAUAAAUUUCUGAUCUAUUCCUGGAUAAGUAUGGGGUUGUAAUCAGCUCCAGAACCGGUAUGAGCUAAGGUUUAGCUCUAGAUCAAUUAUGAUUUCAAUAUUAGUUUUGAGUAAUCGGAACAAAUUAACUGCACAGUUGUUAACAAACUUAUAUAAAAAC